CGCCGAAGAACAGCUGAGAUGACAGAGAGGAGGAUAACACCACUGGAGGUCGAAGUCGAAAUCGGCAAAUUUCAUUCAUCUUUUUCAUCGUUCGACUGAAUUUUCCUCCAUUAAAUCACCUCCAUUAUUGAGGGAAGAUGAGUGACGAUUGCGUCAUCGUUGGAUCAGUGGAAAAAAGCCCAAUCGGUAGUCCACCCUUAAAGAAGUUGAAGCAAAGUCGAUUACCAUUUGCGCCAGUCAAUAACAAGAGCCCAAAACAGAAUGAAAAAUCAAGCGAAAAGAAAAGGAAACACUCAGGAUCGGAUUCUUCCUGUGCCACCCCAAAGACACCCCGCAGUGAAACUAAGGAUGGCGACAUUGUAGUAGUGGAUGAAAAUCAUGUAACAGAAGAGAAGGGCACAUUGGGUUCGGAGAAACCACUUGGAGAGAAAACAGGGAAGGAGGUUGUGAGUAAGAAGAGGGGCAGACCUCUUGGUGCAAAAAACAGAUCCAAGGACGAGAGUUUCACCAGUUCUCAAAGUGACAGCUCGCCUGCAGUUAAGAAGGGCAGGAAGUCUGUCUCAGAUCUUGACACCUCUUUGGAUUUAGGUAAAGGGUCUCACAGUGAACAGGAGACGGAAGAAAUCACAGAGAAUUGCUCAUCCUUGCCUGAAAAUGACAGUGCAGCAUUACAGUCAGAUGACAGACAGCCCCAAGAUUCAGUGCAGGACAAAGAAGAGAAGGUUGAGGAAGAUGAAGAAGGUGAUGAGAAAGGGAAAGAAGAGAAUGAAUCACCAGAGAAAAAGAAACAGUCAGAGUCAGUAUCCAAAAGUCCUUCAAAAAGCACUGAUAGCAAGAACUUGAUGUCAGUGAAAGAUGAGCCCUCUGAAGGGAAAGAGGCAAAAGGGGUUGUGGGCAGAAAGAGAGGCAGGCCUGCUGGCUCAAAAAAUAAAUCUGCAGACAGAAGUUUUACCAGUCCUUGUGGAGGCAGUUCCCCAGUUGGUAAGAAAGGCAGGCAGUCGGUUUCAAAACUUGAAGAUUCAGAGGACUCGGAGGAUUUGAUGGUUCAAGAAAAUGCCUCACAGGUUGAAAGCAACAUUGAGGAGACCUCACCUGUGCAGAAGAAAGAUUCAGAGGAAGAUAGAAAUGUUAGUCCACAGAAAUUGCCAGAAAGUACCAAUUGUGAGAGUAGCGAGGAUUCCAUUGGAUCAGUUGACAGAAGUGAGGAGAAGGAAAAAGUUGAUGAGCCUGUGAAGGGAACGAAAGCCUCAGAAUCACAGACAAGUAAUAUUCCAGAAGCUGGUUCCUGUAGGAGUGAUGAUGCUGGAACACCCAAUAAGACUGAAAGUAAGUCAUUACCUGUGGAAAAAGAUAAAUCUUUGGAUGUUAAAACUGUGAAAGAAGGAGGUAAGAAGAGGGGCAGACCUGCAGGUUCAAAGAAUAAGUCUAAGAACGAAAGCUUUACAAGUCUUGAGAAUGAUAGCUCACCGAAUGUUAAGAAGAGCAGAAAGUCAAUGUCUGAUCUUGACCAUUCAGAGGAUACAAAUACUAGUUCUCAGACUGAAGAAAAAUCUGUUGAUGAAAAGAUAGAGAGUAUGGAAGAUCCUAUUGCUGCUGGCAUUGAUGCCAAAGAUGAAGGGAAUCCUGACAAAGCUUCGACAAGCUCACAAUCUGUUUCAAAAACUGGAGAGAAGUCCCUCACGCCACAAGGUAAAGAUGCUCCCAAAAGAGGCCGAGGGAGGCCCUUUGGAACCACAAAGAAAGCAAAAAGUCAGCCCUCUCUCAAUGAAUCUAUUUGUUCCAAUCCCUCAGAGGAUGAGGGAAAUUCCAGCUUGAGCAACACUCCGGGUUCGUCGAAAAAGAAAACGCCCAAUAUCUUAGCCCUCUUUGCCUCUGCCUCUUUCAAAAAGAAUGAAUCCUCUCGGGAAGAGAAGAAGAAUGCCAAAAAUCAAGCUAAUAUAGAAGAUAAAGAUAGUGACAAGAACAAAGAUGAUAGCAACAAUGCAGAAGUAAACACAGAAGGCAAAAACAUAGUGAAGAAUGAUGUAAGUCAGGAUGACCAUAGUAAGAGCAGUGAAAAUAAACCAGAAGAUGCUGAAGAAGAUGAUGAGUCAACAGAAGCAGAAAGGCAUGAAGAACUUGACGAAUCUGUUGAUGCCUUGGAAGCAAGCGCCUCCGAAACGGAGAAAAGUUUGAACGUGACAUUGUCACCUGGUAGCUCCUCGGACGUUGGAAAGUCCCCCUCCACGUUGCACCUGUUGGCAAAGGUGAAAAAGCUGACACCAAAGCAGAAGGAGAGAGAAACUGUAAAAUUGCUUAAAAUGGAAGAGAAGGAGAAGAAGAAGCAGGAACGAGAGAAGCAGCUCCAGGAGAAGAUAGCCGAAAAGGAAAGGCAGAAGAAACAGAAAGAGGAAGAGAAGCAGAAACAGAAGGAGGAAAAAGAGAAGGUGAAGGAGGAAAUUAGGAAAAAGCGACAGGAGGAGAUAGACGCAAAGAAGCAGAAGAAGGAGGAGGAACUGAGGAAAAAGGAAGAGGAGAGACUCAAGAAGGAAGAGGAGAGACUCAAGAAGGAAGAAGAGAAACAGAAGAAGUUGGAGGAGCAACAGCGGCUUGAAGAUGAGAAGCGGAGGCAGAGCGACAAGCUGAAGAACAAGUUCGCCAGCUUCUUCGUGGCCAAGAAGAAAGAGGCCGAGAGUGUGACCAAGGACAGUGAAGGACCUUUCAAGGAUUUUCGGGUCAAGGAGGACAUGCAGCUGGCACCGGUCGUGAGGAAUAUAUUAACGGAAGAUCAAAUAACAGAGUUGGAUAAUUACUUGUAUGGCAGUUGCGAGGCUACCUCCAAGACAUACUUGAGUCUUUUGAGAUCAGGGUCCUAUGUGAAGCAGAAGUCGGUGAAAACUUGUCCCUGCAAACAGGAGCCACCGGUAGAUGAUGAAGACGAUGACGAUGUCAUGGUUAUCAAUGAGAGCGAUGAAGAAGACAUAGGGAACUGUUCUGCCAUGGUUCAGGAUCCAGCUGCAAGUUCUCACCAGGGAAAGAAGUUCAAAGCUAAAUUUCUAAAGUUCUGUGAAAACCAGAGACCUGCAUAUUGGGGAACAUGGUCAAAGAAGAGUUCCUGCGUGUCUGCACGACGACCAUUUGCCCAGGAUGCAAUCUUUGAUUAUGAGUAUGACAGCGAUGAUGACUGGGAAGAGGAGGAAACAGGUGAAAGCCUGAGUGAUUCAGAGGGAGAAGAAAAAGAGGAGAAGGAAGAGGGAGAUCAGUAUGAGGUCGACAACGAUUUCUUUGUGCCCCACGGUUAUCUCUCAGACGACGAAGGCAAAUCAGACGAGGAAGAGGAUGCUAAUUCAGAGGGACCUGCCAAGCUGAAGGAUGCUGAUCGAACCAGGAACACGGAGCAGCUGAAGCAGAAACAAGCAGAGUUUGAGGAGGAAAUGAAGCAGAAAACCAAAGUGUUGAAGCCACGGUUAUUCGGAUGUUUGUGGAUGGCAGACGAGAAUAAUAAUCCAGCGUACGACCAGCUGAUGAAGAUAUUGGUACCCUACAAGGCUGUGACGCUGUGCUCCCAGCUCCCAAUUGGAUCGAGGCUAGCGGGUGGGAUGCCGAAGGACUGCAAAGAUACCGAUGGAGAUGAUGAAAGUAUGACUGAAGGGCGGCCCGGGAACUUCAAGAAAUAUGCAAAGACCUUCCCGGAGGAAGCCAUUCCAGCGCUUAUCAAGUUGUUGCACGGAAACCGCCACGGGAAAGGAAAGCUUUGUCGGGAAUUCGUGGAUUAUUGGCGAAAGUUCACUCAUGGGGACUUGGAUGCAGAUAGUAUUAACCAUACUCCGACUGAGACUACAGUCUCAAGAACAGUUUACAUAGCCAAGAGAAAGGUCGAGGCAAAAAUCCAAGAACUGGGAAGCUGGAAGAGAUGCGCAGACGAGGUAAAAUCUCGCCAUGUCAUGUGUUGGUAUGUAUCCCAAAAGAAACGAGAAGAAUAUGGUUUGGGAGACUUAAGUAUAGCAAAUUCAUGGACAUACAUAAAUAAGAUGCUCAGUGAUAAGAAGGAGGAAGCGGAGAGCGAAGACGAGACCUCCAAAGUGAACAAGAUGCGUCCCAUCACUGCAUUUACGAAGAAGAUACCCUCGACUCCUUCAAGCAACAACACGUCACCGAGCUCUACCCCAGGGAACACCCCAAUUCACAGUCAGAUGACAAAAUCAGAGAGUAAUCUCUCCCUUAGCGGAAUGUCAGCUGAUACGCCAGGCACCUCCGCUUCCAAAUCAGUGGCAUCUUCAAACAACACUCCAUCUUCAGUUGCAGACAAUACACCUUCUAGAAUACAGGCAGUUAGUGGGAAAAAGAGCAAAAAGAAAAACUUGUUUUCAACCAAGAGUCAAGAGUCUUGUACACCUCAGAAAGGCUCUAUAAUUUCCUAUUUCAAGAAAAACAAAGGGAACUCUCCUCAGCUUUCGAAGGAGAAAUAUGAAGGCAGUGAGGAUAUACCUGUAACAGAACAAAAUGUAGUGGUGUUGGAGUAAUCUUAAAUGUGCUUGGUUCUAAAAUGCAACCUGUACAGUAAGUUUUAAUUGAAAUGGAAUAUGUAUCAACAUUUAUUUCCUAACUAUUUUUAUAAGUAAAAUAUUCAAUUUUUUGUAUGUAUUUGUUUUAUACUCAAAAUAAUUUCUUAACUGUAAAUAUUAGAGGAUUUAGAGUUGACAUGUAAAUUUCAGAAGCAAAUUUUAUACAAGUCUAGUUGAUGACAUCAUGAGUUUAUAUAAAAUUUAUGUAAAUCUGGUCAAAUAGUAA